AUGCGGUAUAUACGCAAUAAAGACUCCACGUGCCUGCAGCACCAACAGCAGCAGCAGCAGCAGCAGCAGCAGCAGCAGCAAGAGCAGCAGCAGCAGGAGCAGCAGCAGCAGGAGCAGCAGCAGCAGAAAAAUAGCAGCAGCAGCAGCAGCAGCAGCAGCAAUAUAAAUCAGCAGCAGCAGCAACAGCAGCAGCAGCAACAACAGCAGCAACAGCAGCAGCCACAGCAACAGCAACAACAACAGCAGCACCAGCAGCAACACCAGCAGCAGCACCAGCAGCAACACCAGCACCAGCAACAACAACAGCACCACCAGCAGCAACACCAGCAGCAGCAGCAGCAACAGCAACACCAGCAGCAGCAACAGCAGCAGCAGCAGCAGCAGCAUCAUACCUCGCAUAGAGAAUAUAUUUUUGUAAUAUUUCUUGAUCGAUAG